AUGCUAUCAUCUGAAGCAGAUGACGCAUUAAGAAUUGCCGAAGAAAGCAUGAGCAGAAAAAUGCCACCAGAUGUAGUAACAGAGAACUUUUCGGAACAUCUCGUCAAGAACGUAAUUAAAGAUGUUGUAAAAUCUAUGAAAGGUGAGGAUGAAGAUGCUACACAACUUUCCAAGGAAAAAAGUUUUGGGGCUGAUGAAGAUAUAAGUAUGUUCCGAAAAAGUUCUUAUGAGCAUGAAACGGACUACGAGGCUGACUUAAAAGAAAAACUGGAAAUGCUUGAACUGGAGUACAAAAAGGUUCCACCUUUAGAAUCGAUCGAAACAGAAAAAGCGAUGGAAUACUAUCGGAAUUACAAUGAACCGAUUGACAGUGACUAUGAAGAGAGAAUUAAUAGUUCUGCAACGGGAAUCGUAAGCGAUGUUUUGCAACGAACUGCAGAAUGUUUAUCACAAACUAGUUCCACAUACAGAACAGCAACAUCAAAGGAUGGUUAUGAAACUUGUGUAACCUCUCAGGAGGAUGGUUUUGAGACUGCUGACAGCUGUUUCUCACAAGAUUCGGAAUACACCACAGCUACAAGUGGUAACGAAAGUCGCGUAAGCGAAAUUAGUGAUGAAAGGCGACGGGGGAGUGUUACACCACUUGCAGCAUCCUCACCUGUGGGUUCUGUUAAGAACUUGCUUGAUUCGGAAAACGAAGAAGAAGAGCUAGUCGUACAAAGCUUUAGCCCAAGCAAUGAAUUUAUUUCUACUGAAGACUAUCAGGACAGCGAAGAAAAAACAUUAAGGACUUCUGCAAGUGGAGUGCUCUUAGCACCAGUUUUGGAUCCUGGUCGUCCCGUUUCUCCUGUGCCUCCACGACCACUAGAUGAGGAAAGAACGUUUUCAUUAGUUCAUAAAAUCGAUUCUCUAGAACUUGAAAAAACUCAUUUUAAUUUUGAAAGCUCUGAACAUGAAAAGACACCAACAAAUGAAAUAAUCAUAAAGCUGCCUUCAGAAGAGGAAGAAAACUUAGAUCAAAGAAAUUUCCCUGAAGACUUCAAGCCUUCUUUUUCUGAACAACACGUGGAUUACGAUUUUGAAAAAAAAACUACAGAGGAAUCAGUAGUCAGCACUCCAGAAAAAACCAGUUACGAAAUAAAAGAAGAAAUUCUUUCAAGCAUGAAAGAUCUCACUGAAGAAAAACAAAUACCUAAGACUUCUCAGGAUUUGCAAAUGGUAGCGAGUGUCUUCGUCAGUGAAAGUUCGCCGGAAACACUUGAUGCAAUACCCAGUGUUGAAUCACUCACAAGUCCACUCGGAACCAAGCCGGGUGCAGUUGCUGACCAGCUUAGUGGAGCGCAAGCCGUUUCUGUCCUACCACCUGAAACUGCUAAAUCAGUUUCACCGGACUCCUUAGAAAAGGUCUCUGACAAAGGUGAAAGCGAUAGAGGAAGUAGUGCUUCGCAACGUAGCAGUUCAUCUCGCAAAAGUUCUUACGAGGAGCCUGAGACAUUUACAGAGCGAUUAACCCCGGAAUUAAAAAUUGAAUGGUCUGAAAGCACAAGUAAGCCAGAAGUUCCACAAUCUCUUAAAGUGGAGGGUUCAGUUUUGUCACCUGAAGAUGAGUACCAACCACUCUAUACUGGGGCUGGAACCGAGCAGGUUCCAGGAAAUGAGCUAGCGACUGUUGCAGAAGAAGGUGAAGAAGCCGAGUCGUCAAAUGGUAGAAGUCUCUCAUCUAACGGCCACAGCAGUGAUCCACUAGCUUUAGCCGGGAAAUACAAGCAUGCUUCUAGUGACAAUGUCUCUGAAACCAGUUUGCAGGAGUUUGAGAGGAUUGAAAGAGAUGUGCUAAAUCGUGGUGAAGCUGGUUUGAGCAGUAGUGAGUUAGAGCUUUACCUUUCUGGAAAACUGAAGGGGUCAACAAACGGUUCUCAAAGUUCACUUACUGAGUUUGAAAGACUGGAAGAAGAAAUUGGAGAAGGGUCUCCACAGGAAGAAGUAAUGAUACUGUCUGAUAUCAGGGAAGAAUCUGAAGUUGAAGAUAUGAGCAUUAGGGACGAUGACGAAGAAGAGCAUGAUUCAAUUGCUGAAAUCAAAUCCGUACCAGUAUCUGAAGAUAAGCAAAUUUCAACGCCUUUGGCAUCACCAACAGACAGUAUCGAAAAAGGAUUUGAACGGGUCGACCCAACGAUGUUAGAAACAAGUACAGAUUCCUUAGAAAUAUAUGAUCCAAUCAGCACACAGCAAUUGAAAAUCUCGGAGGGAGAAAGAGGAUUUAUUUCUGUUGAGAAAAUCGGUGGUGAGCUGAGGGAUUCUCUUGAAGACAUUGUACAGGAAAAGACCAUAUCAGCUGGAAGAGAUUUUCCAGAUGCUGACAUACCGCAAACCUCGAGCGAGGUUUUGCAGGCUUUACAAGAUAUCAAUGUUGAGAAGGACUCACUGAGUGGGGAUUUGGAUACGGAAGCUGAAGAUUAUCCAACAACUCUUACUACUUUUGAGACCACUCAAGUCCUCGACGACGGAUACAUCGAAACGAUCUCAAGGCGAGUUCUUACGAAGGUCAAAGACCCUGUAAUUACUCAUGUUCAGUUUACCGGUACAGAAAAUGAAGAACGUGUUCGACAGCUAGCAAGGCAAGAACAGUAUGAAACGUCUGACCCAGAUGGCAACGUCACCAAGACGAUAUACAUAAGGCGAGAGGCUUCGUCAUCUGAAGGUAAUUAA